AUGGCUCCCUCUUAUAACGAAACCACGACGGCCGAGGAGCUCGCGGGCCAUUUCCCCGCAGAGAUCAAAGGCAAAGUGGUUUUGACCACCGGCCCAUCACCAACCAGUAUAGGGGCGACAUUCGUGGAGGCAAUCGCACGGGCACAACCUGCCCUGAUCAUCCUAGCCGGACGGAACACCAGCAAGCUUCAGAAAACCGCAGAUGCAAUUUCGCAAAAGCAACCGCAGGUUCAAGUCCGUUUAUUGCAGCUUGAUUUAGGCUCGCUGGCUGCGGUGCGCGAGGCUGCUGCAGAGGUCAAAAGCUGGGAUGAUGUACCGCACAUCGACGUGCUCGUUAAUAAUGCAGGAAUCAUGGCUACGAAGUUUGCGCUGAGCCCUGACGGCUUCGAGAAUCAGUUUGCGACGAACCAUCUGGGUCAUUUUCUGUUUACGAAUUUGAUUAUAGAUAAGAUUCUGGCGUCUCGCUCUCCACGCGUGGUCAAUGUUAGCAGUGACGGUCACCGACUGGGUCCAAUUCGGUGGGCAGAUUAUAACUUUCGUGAAGGAGAGACUUAUAAUAAAUGGUCUGCGUAUGGCCAGUCGAAGACAGCCAACAUCCUGAUGGCCGUUUCACUGGCGGAGAAGUUGGGACCCAAGGGCUUGUUGGCCUAUAGUCUGCAUCCUGGAGUCAUUUUCAGCACUUCUCUCUCAUCGGGCUUGGAGGAUUUGGACACAGAUAUUGCUGCCUUAAAUGCUCUUGACAGAUCUCUGGGGAACGAGGAAGGCUGGCGGGAACUCCGGCUGAAGACGGACCAGGAAGGAGCAGCGACGACUGUUUAUGCUGCUUUUGAGCCCGCCCUGCAAGAGAACAACGGGGCGUAUUUGCAGGACUGUCAUAUAGCCGAUCCUUGGACGGACACUGUGAAGCCAUGGGCCACAGACAAGGUGGAAGCCGAGAAGUUGUGGAAGCUGAGCGAGAAGCUAAGCUGGAUAGAUGAUGCUUUAGAUAGAAGACGAGAUAAACAGAUCUGCCAAUUUCGAAUAUUAAAGAAGAAAAUGGAAGAAAGCCUCUCCCACUUCCAAGGCAUCCCCUGGGUUGCGCAGUUGCUCCGCGACGACGACUUCAUCACUUCGCCACUGCCGUCCCGCGUCUACAAAUCCACAACAACCGAGGAUAGACUCUUCUCAGCAACAAUCAAAACCCCCUCCACAAUUGCAGAAUGCCUCAUGCAGUACCGCCGCCCGGCACCAGGGAGCAAGCCAUUUGCCCCAAAAGCGAUACCGACAACAGAGAUUCGCGUUUUCUGCACCCUCGGCACAGAUUUAGACGGCUUUCCGGGUAUUCUGCAUGGUGGGAUCGUUGCGACUCUGCUUGAUGAGUUCACGGGGCUCAUAUUGAGCCUGAGCUUGGGUGGUGGAGAGCCUGGCCAAGAUGGGCCUGUCACGGCCUAUUUGAACACGAAGUUUGUUGGACCUGUCCUGACACCCAGUACUGUGGUGGUGUCGGGGAGGAUUACCGAGGUCAAGGACAACAGGAAGUGGAAGCUGAAGGGAGACAUCAAGGACCAGAAUGGAUCACAUCCGCAUAACUCUUCUUUACAACCUCCCACCCCCCAUCCCUUCUCUUCAAGAUCUCGUACAGACCAGCCCACGUCACCGUCUCCCCAGAAAGAUGCGUAUACUCUUCCCACUCAUUCGCCCCAGCCUCCACCAAUCUCGCCAUCGCUCUCGCCACGUCCCUCGCAGAAGUCAAAGUAA